CGCCGCAGACUCAAUUCGAUCAGGCUUGACAAUUUUAUCAGCAUCGGAGGAAAUGGGCCACUGAUGAAAUAGGGACUGCGUUGGCAUCUAAAUCAUUUUUGUAAGAUAAACACUACCAUCAAAGCAUCCAAAAGCGUUUGCUAUUGUCUCAUGUAAUUUUAAACAUCAAAACUAAAGUCUUAAAAUGCCGAGCAAUAAGAUGGACAAAUCUGACAAGCCGGAGGUCAUGGACAACGUCAAAGUGGUUGUGCGAUGUCGCCCGCUAAACCAGAAGGAGAGAAGUAUGGGCCACAAGCAGGCCGUCAGUGUGGAUGAGAACCGAGGGACCAUAACCGUCAACAAAUUAGAGACCACCCACGAACCCCCCAAGACCUUCACAUUUGACACGGUGUUCGGACCAGACAGCAAACAGCUGGACGUUUACAAUCUGACAGCCCGCCCCAUCAUAGACUCAGUAUUGGAGGGUUACAAUGGGACCAUCUUCGCGUACGGACAGACAGGGACAGGAAAGACAUUCACCAUGGAGGGCGUGAGGGCAGUGCCAGAGCUCCGAGGAAUAAUCCCCAACUCCUUCGCUCAUGUGUUCGGCCACAUCGCCAAAGCAGAGGGCGACACCCGGUUCUUAGUUCGCGUGUCUUAUCUGGAGAUUUACAAUGAAGAAGUGAGGGACCUGCUGGGGAAGGACCAGAUGCAGAGGCUAGAGGUGAAGGAGAGGCCAGAUGUGGGUGUUUACAUCAAGGACCUGUCUGGUUAUGUGGUGAACAACGCUGAUGACAUGGACAGGAUUAUGACAAUGGGGCACAAGAACCGCUCGGUUGGCUCCACCAACAUGAAUGAACACAGCUCUCGCUCUCAUGCCAUCUUCACCAUCACCAUCGAGUGCAGCGAGAAGGGUGUGGAUGGGGACCAGCACGUCCGCAUGGGAAAACUCCACUUAGUGGAUCUGGCGGGUUCUGAGCGCCAGGGGAAGACAGGAGCGACUGGCCAGCGACUGAAAGAGGCCACUAAGAUCAACCUAUCUCUUUCCACGCUGGGUAAUGUCAUCUCAGCCCUGGUGGACGGGAAGAGCACCCACGUCCCCUACAGGAACUCCAAACUCACCCGCCUGCUGCAGGACUCACUGGGGGGAAACUCCAAGACCAUGAUGUGUGCGAACAUCGGCCCAGCGGACUACAACUACGACGAGACCAUCAGCACGCUGCGUUACGCCAACCGGGCCAAGAACAUCAAGAACAAAGCCCGGAUCAAUGAAGACCCCAAGGAUGCCCUGCUACGGCAGUUCCAGAAGGAGAUCGAAGACCUUAAGAAGAAACUCCAAGAAGGGGAAGAGAUCUCCGGGUCGGAGGGCAGUGGAUCAGAAGAGAUGGAUGAAGGAGAUGAUGAGGGAAGAGAAGGAGGAGAGGGACGAAGGAAACGGAGAGGCAGUGGCAGCAGCAUCAGUAGCUCAGACUCCUCUAUAGAGGCACAGACCACUGAGGAGAAACCCAAGGCUCAGACUAGGAAGAAGAAGAAGGUUUCCCCUGACAAGAUGGUGGAGAUGCAGGCGAAGAUCGAGGAGGAGAGGAAGGAGCUAGAAGCCAAGCUGGACAUGGAGGAGGAGGAGAGGAACAAGGUCAGGGCAGAACUGGAGAAGAGAGAGAAGGAUCUCCUCAAAGCGCAGCAGGAGCAUCACCUGCUGCUGGAGAAGCUGUCAGCCCUGGAGAAGAAGGUGAUCGUAGGAGGAGUGGACCUCCUGGCCAAGGCUGAGGAGCAGGAGAAACUACUGCAGGAGUCUAACAAUGAGUUAGAGGAGAGGCGCAGGAGGGCUGAGCAGCUCCGCAGAGAGCUAGAGGAGAAGGAGGCGGAGCGUCUGGACAUUGAGGAGAAGUACACCAGUCUGCAGGAGGAGGCUCAGGGGAAGACCAAGAAGCUGAAGAAAGUCUGGACCAUGCUGAUGGCUGCCAAGUCAGAGAUGGCCGACCUGCAGCAGGAACAUCACCGGGAGAUCGAGGGCCUGCUGGAGAAUAUCCGCCACCUCAGCAGAGAGCUACGACUGCAGAUGCUCAUCAUAGACAACUUCAUCCCACAGGAAUACCAGGAGAUGAUUGAGAACUACGUACACUGGAAUGAGGACAUUGGGGAAUGGCAACUGAAAUGUGUAGCCUACACUGGUAACAACAUGAGAAAACAGACCCCCGUGCCGGACAAGAAAGACAAAGAUCCGUUUGAGGUGGACCUGUCUCAUGUGUACUUGGCCUACACAGAGGAGAGUAUGAGACAGUCACUGAUGAAGCUGGAGAGGCCCAGGACCUCCAAGAGUAGUAGGUCCAAGACUGGACGAAGGAAAAGAUCAUCGAAGCCCGAGGCUGUGAUGGAAUCCCUGCUGCAGUGAGAGAGACGGGGAGAGAGCCAAUCAGGGCUGGAGCCCCAUGUACUGCAAUUCAUCUACACUACUAUACCUUAGAGUCAACAACAGCAGUCAGUCAAUAGUCCAGCCUGAAGAUCUUUAUUGUUGAACGUCGUCAUUUCAACGUAUGUUAUCUUAAUACACUGUAUAGUAAGGUUCUACAUGUGAAUGGAGAUCAGCCGUUGGUUUAUUGGUCUCAGUGAGGGAAGGAGGGAGCCGCCACUGUACUGUAGGACUUGGGCCUUUCCCUUUAAACUGGGGGUUAAUGGCCAAGUCGAAGGUACCUUGUGUUGUAAUGAACGGAGACGUGUUGAGGGAUAAUCAGCUUAACGUUGAGUCUUAAUGUAGCCAUCGAGCACAGUUCAGGUGGCAACACACUUGAUUUCAUCCCAAAUGGCACCCUAUUUCCCUUUUUUAGGGCACUUACUUUUGACUACGGCUCAUACGGUGUCCCAUGGGGCUCUGGUCAAAAGUAGUGCACUUAAAAGGGAAUAGGGUGCCAUUCGGGACAUAAAGAGAUGAGUCGAUGCUGAGCAUAAGCCAUGGUUUGUGACCACGUCGUCAUCUGCCAAGACAACGAUGACAACAACAGUCUUCUGUUAUAUGACAUGAAGACACCACCACUUCUAAUGGCAGGACAUCUAGGAUACAUCUGAUACCCUUCAACAUAGUCAACAUCAAAAACUGUCCUAUAAAUUAUUCAUAUCUAUACCACAGGUCAUAAUUCCCCUUAUUUCAAGGAUCACACUUAUGGAAGUCUAAAAUGUACUUUAAACUUAGUUUCCUCCUUUAUGUGUGAAUGGUAGGAGGUGCAUGACAUACCGCUUCUAUAGACGCGCUGGUUGUUUAACAACAAUACCAACGUGUCAGCAACUAUAGGGCAAACUAUAUUUAGUCUCCAAAUGUUCUUUGAAAACAUAAAUAGAUUUGCACAAUGAGCACUUGUUGUUGGUUAGAUGGCAAAUGUCAGCCAUUUUAGCAAAGACGUGGCAUCAGUCGAAACACCUCAUGUUAUUAAUAGGAAGAUGCAACAAGCUGAAACCAUACGAUUCCCCACAUGGCAGCUUCUUGUCAUUGUUGCUAGCUAUCUGACCGUUCAGAAUCAUAACGCCACACGAACUUCUGCCUUAUCUACGUGCGUGUCAUUUUCAUGACGUUGUCAGCUAACCCGUCUAUAUAGUAGUACCAUUCACCCAUUAAACACUAACUCACUUAUGCUUUUAUUUCUUCCUUCUCAUGUCAUCGUUUAUGGUGCAUUGUAGUGGAAGCAAAGUGUCUUUAUUUUGUAUUAUACUGUAUGUCAAAUGUUUACAUCUACUGAGCCCCCCUGUAUCUCUUAAUAAUUUAUUAAAUUAUUGGACAUGUUUAAUCUCA